AUGGCUGAGCAAACCAUUGAGCCCGCCUUCGAAGCCGCCAUCGCCGCCUCCAAAAUCAAUGGCGUCAUCAUCUGCGCAACCAACACUACCGGCACCUUCGCAUACAACUACACAGUCGGCGCCCGAACCCUACUUUCUGGGGAAUCUCUCGCUCACAAACUCGAUGAUAUCCUUUACCUCGCCUCCGGCACCAAAUUGAUUGCCACUAUCGCCGUCCUCCAAGCCAUAGACGAUGGACACCUUUCCCUCGACUCUCCAGAGUCCAUCUCAAAGUUCGCUCCCGAACUUGUCGACAAACCCAUCCUCUUCCCCGACGGGGAGACUCUCACCCCCUCUACCAAAGCCAUUACCCUUCGCCAGUUGCUCUCUCAAACCUCCGGCCUAGCCUAUCACUUCCUUUUCCCCUACCUCUCCUCUUGGCGCGAAAAGAACGAAACGCCUCUUCAACCUGGCCACCGUCGUCCCGUCGAAAAAGCAUUUGCCUACCCCCUCAUCUUCAACCCUGGCACGUCCUGGACCUAUGGGCCCAACUACGACUGGGCAGGCCGCAUCCUCGAGCGCGCAACCAACACCACUCUUGGGAAGCAUGUACAAGAGCGUAUCUGUAAGCCUCUUGGAAUCCCCACUUCCGAUGCACAAUUCUACCCAGUUAAGGGUGACGAGGCUAGGGGUAGAAUGGUCGAUCUCAACCCCUCUGACCCGGAGGGGCUAGGGUUAGCUGUCGUUGGUGGCAUGGAGAUGAACAGGCGGAGUGAGGGAGACUUUGGCGGCCAUGGGUUGUUCAUGACUGCUGAGGGGUACGUCAAGGUCUUGAAGUCCUUGCUUGCCAACGAUGGGAAGCUUUUGAAGAAGGAAACGGUAGAGGAGAUGUUUAGCAACCAGAUUGGCCCUGAAGCGGAGGACAAUGCGAAGGCGGUGUUUGAUGGACCAACCGGUGUCUUUUAUCGCGUGGGUACUGAGGGGAUGAAAGUUGGACACGGCCUUGGAGGCCUAUUGACUCUGGAAGGGGCUGAUGGGUGGUACGGUGAGAGGACGCUCACGUGGGGGGGUGGGCUGUCAUUUGCUUGGUUCAUUGAUCGCACAAAUGGUCUUUGUGGUUUGUGCGCGAUACAAGCCUCGAUGCCAGUCCAGAUGCAGACUUUGACGGAUCUGAAGAAUACUUUCCGGCAUGAUAUCUAUAGGAAGUAUGAUGCUUGGAAGAAAGAUAACCAGGGGAAGCUGUAG